AUGGCUUCGAAGAGGAAGCGAGACGUGGAUGACAUAAGCGAUGAAGAGAUGGACCAUCAAUUCAAGCAGAGGAGAACGCUACCGGCUCUGCCUAUUAGGACCACGCCGCCGAAAUUUGCCCGACGUUUUGGUUCAACACUUGCGUCGUCCGUUCCACCAGCUCCUCUCACGCCAAUCGAUACUAGUGAAGAUGAGAGUCUCACGGACGAGUACCACGAUGUCUUCGACGGCGAUCGAUGGAAACACAUCUCGCAAGGCAGCAGCAUCAGCACCAAUUCUACAUCAUCACUUAAGGUCAACGUCGACCUUGCUCAACACGGCGAUGAUAAAGGCAUGAUGCUAUCACCACCACCACCUCGGCCACGCUUCGGACGGGCUAGAUCCAACGACCUUGUAUCUCCAGCUCAUCUGACCACAUCGUUCCCUUCGCUUACCGCCCCAUCGCAGCCCAACCAGCUCAACGACCGUAUGCCAACACCAGUUGCUUCAUCCUUCGACAACCGGACCGACAGUCGCGGCAGCGUUCUAUCACAAGCACCUCGUCAGUCAUUCCCACCACUGCGAAAGUUCUUGAGUCCCAUGAUGGAGCAAGACGCAUGGGGCACGUCCAACGAGGGUGGUCUGCCCAGCCCCGUCGAGGACUCGAUGCAGUACGACAGUCCGAUCAGUGCCGAUGUCUUAAUGGGCUAUGAGCAAACGAGUGCCGGCAUGAUUGGGCUUAACAUGUCCUGCGAUGACGAUAAGAUGAUGGAAGAUACACCCAGCCUUGCUACAGCGCAGCUCGACGGCCAGACGAGAGUCCACGCCCGUCAGCAUUCACGUGGAAAAGGGAGCAUUGCGAAGCUGCACAUGGGCUUUCUGGCAGGGUGCAGCAAAUGCGAGCAGAAAGUGCCGGGUCACUACUCUCACAUCUUACGGACUUGA